CCCUGCUCUGGAAUAUGUUAUAAGAACAUAAAUGCAUGUUUUGUAACGCUUAAUUUGUAAUAUGUAUAAUAAUUUUAUGUUUAUUUAAAUAUGAUUCGUGCAUCAUUAAAUGGUCUCUGAAACAUUAUUAUGAAUGUAGUUUGAAAAAAGGCGGAAAUGUACACGUCGCAUUUGGACUGCUCUUUGGUUGUAACUGUUCACGUCUGACAAAACUCUGUUAACAUUUGGAAAACAUUUAAAAAAGGGAAUGGGGUGUUAAAUGGGUUGUGUUCCUUCAUAACAUAAGAUCAUGUUUGGAAGACGGAUUCCCUUUAAUCAGAUAGCAGUUGCUACUCUGGUUGGAGUGGUGGGAGGUGUGUAUAUAUACAGGCCUAUAUUUGAAGCACCCAAAAAACCUCCAAUUGCACCAGAUCAAGACCUCAAACCAGACUCUAAGGAGCAGAAAGCGGAAGCUACCCAACAAGAAGAACAAGCAAAUGCAUCUGCAACCAAAGACUGAUGUUGAACAAGAGUUUGUGUGAGAGUUUGAAUGUUAAAUGCUUGUUAUUUUCAUAUACUCUGUAAAUGACCACUAAAAAGGUUCUAAAUAAAAUGCCUUAUUGUCACUGAAAAUAGGUCAUCCAUAAA